GUGACGUGCCCGACAUUACAAAACAGCAUCAUUCUGCGUUCCAUCCAAUCAGCUGUUGUUAUUGCAAGGAUUUGGUUCUUCACCAAUAGCGAUAGUGAAAUAGAAUUUAGUUAUUCAAUCUGUAAAAAUAAAUCCGGUUAUCAGAAUGCAAUCACUCAGAGGGAUGAGAUCAUUUCUUAGGUCGCCAAUCACAAGAAACUUCUGGACCACCACUUCAUGGCGAACGGCAUAUGAUUGUGACGGUAAGACUACGGUGAGCAUCUUAAAUCAGGAAGCAGAUGCCGGUCUUCUGAUUAAUUCUUACAGUCAAAUGGGCUUCCGCUUGAGCAACGAUAUGGUUGUUAUUGGACCGAUGGCAAUUUUCCCCCGUUCUGUUUUCUCUUGGAAUGUUUCUAGCCAUGAGGACAUCAACGAAGAAAGUCUGAGUCUUUUCAGUGUGCUCGAGCCGAAAGUUGAUAUACUUGUAGUGGGAAUUGGAGAUCAACAAGUAACUCCAAGUUUUAGCCGCAAGGUCUUAGAUUUCAUGCGCAAACAUAGAAUCAAUGUUGAAGUGCUAAGUACCGAACAAGCAUGUGCCACUUUCAAUUUCCUCAAUGCGGAAGGACGCGUUGUUGCAGCGGCUCUCAUUCCGCCAGUUUCUAUACGAACUAAUGAAGAUGAUAUGAUGAGGACGCACAUAGCAACGAAACAACCCUUUCAGUUAAAAGAUUUCUAGAAAAAUCGUUAAAUUAAAAUAGAAUAUAUUUAAGCAGCUUACAAA